AUUUUAAAUUUGUAAUAUAUAAGUUUUAUUUUAUUAGUUAGAAUAAUAUAUUAUAGGAACUAUCAUCGUAAAAUUUCGACCUUUGGAUUAUUGAUAACGAUGGAUCCAUGUUAUCUUCUCAUGGCAGUAUACAUAUUUUCCUACGCGUUUGCUUAAUUUUAUUAUCAGUAAAUAAUUCAAUAUUUAUUCUGUUAAUAACACAUCAUUUUUAUUUUGUGCUUAAACUGUAAAUAGUGUAAAUUAGUUUAGUGUUAUAAGUUGUAACAGUUUAGUUACAGUUGUAACUCUAAUUACCGAGAAAUAAUAGUAUAAAUUCACAUUUGUGAUGAAUAUAUUACUCGUGUUUUUAGUCGUUGAAUUAAACCAGAAAAGUUAAAAGUGAACUUCUAUAACAUUUUUGGAACAGAAUUAGUAAAAAUAGUACCAUGUAAAUUAUGAAUUAAAAAUUGUUUGUACUUGACAAAUUUCUAUACUAAUCGUUAUGGCUACUGUUGAAGAAAUUGAUGAAGCUGAACAACUUAGAUUUUUAGCAUUAAAAUCUAUGGUGAGAAGAUCCAGCAAAAAGAAAAAUAGUUCUAACACUGAUACUGAUGAUCAAGAUAUAUUAUUACUAAGAGCAGCUGCGCUAAAAACAAUUAGUAAUAAAAAUUCACCAAGUAAUAAAGAUGAAAAACUUAUACAAAAUAAAUUAAUUAAUGAAAAAAAAAGAAGUAUAAGUAACCAGGUGUCUCCAUUAGCGAGUAAAAAAAACAUCAAAUUGACUAAUAUGAAAAAUAAUAGUUUUGUAAACAAUGUUACAAGCAAUACUAGUACAGGAUAUGUCACAAGUGUUUCGAAACACGAUCCUGAACAAGGAUGUAAAAGUAAACCUAAAUCUGAAUCAAACAUUGAAUCCCAAAGUAAGUCUGAAGAUAUCAAUAAAGAUGAUAUAAAAAAAAUUAUAAGAAAUGGCAGUAUUCAGCUUUCAAAUUUGGAUUCUGAAAAAUUUAAUGAAACUAUGAUAUUGCAUAUAACAUUUAGUUCAUCAGAAAGUGAUGAUUCAUCAAGUGAAUGUGACGUAGUUCAAAAUAAGGUAAAACAGAAGAAUAUUAAUAAUGAUGCAUUAAAAUCACCAGUUCCAACAUUAAAUGUUGUAGAUAACCGUGUUAACGCUGCUAACACUAAAUCAUCAGAAGAUAAUAAAUCAAAAAUGAAUAAUUGUAUGCAACAAAUAUGUGGCCUUAUGAGACAUUGUGAAUCAGAAAUUGAAAAACGUAACCAACAAGUGGAAAUAUUACUACAAGCAUAUGAAAAAUAUCAAAACUAUAGUGAGUCAUUGCGUUCUAUACUUCAGUCCAUGAAAACAGCAUGUGAUGAAUUAUCACUAUAUAGCUCAGCUGAACAUUAGUAUCACUGCAGCCCAAGUUCAAAUUUUUACUAAAUAAGAAAAAACAUUAUUUAAUUGUUAUUAUUUGUGUUUGUUUUUAUUUGGUAUCUUAAAAUAUACUACUUGUUAUUAAUUUAUUAUCCAAUUGCAUACAACUCAGUAUGGCUGGGUACUAUGAUUAGCAAUAUUCUUUAAUUUUUGUUGUAUAUGACUAAAAUGUAAUAAAUGAUGUAUAGAU